UUUUGGCUAAAGUGGACGGUUUCAUCUCAUUCCCGUAGUAACAAAAAUUCCGAUUCGUUCUGUUGUAACCCGUUGAAGGCUCCUACAAUCAUUAUCAAAAUCUUAUCAUUGUGUUCGAUUUCAUCAAAAUCCGCGAGUGCACUAAAUUUGUUUGAUAUUAUCUUUAUUCUACUCUGUAUUCUUGACACCGGACCAUAUCACCACCGCCUCCAAGAUCAACAUGAUGCGUGAUAUCGACGUAAUCACAUCGUUGAAGAAGGAUUCCAUGUCGGUGCUACCAUCUAUCCAAUCAAAAUCGGUUGACUACAGGAAAAAGAACAUGAAGGGAGUGCCGGAACGCUUCCUCUUUGAAUGUGCCAUCAAAUUAGGCAUGAAGCCACUCACUUCGGCGACAGCAGCAAUUCUCUUCCAUCGAUUUUUCCGAGAAACUGAUGAUACGGAAUAUGAUCCCUACAUGAUUGCAUCUUCUUGUCUGUACCUCGCCGGCAAGAUCAAGGACGAUCCAGUGAAAAUUCGCGACGUUAUCAACGUUGCUCACAGUACCAUCAACCGAUCAGCUCAGCCCCUCGAGCUGGGUGACGAGUACUGGUCCAUGCGGGACUCCAUUGUUCAGGCCGAACUGUUCAUUACCCGCAUUCUCAAAUUCGAUCUGACAACGGUUCAUCCGCACAAGUACAUGCUGCACUAUAUGAAAUCUCUUCAGGAUUGGUUCGGCGUCAAGGAAUGGAACUCGCUGCCGGUAGCCAAAACGGCUGCAUCCUUUCUGCAAGACUUCCACCACAGCGCAAAGAUUCUGGACCAUAAGCCCGACCAUAUCGCCGUGUGCUGUUUGGCGUUGGCAUUCCAAGCUUACGGGGUCCAAGUGCCGCUUACCGAUGAAAUUGAUGAAGUGAACGCCUGGUAUAAUGUUUUCUGCAAAGAUCUUACACGCGACAAACACUGGGAAAUUAUUGAAGACAUCGUUGAAAUUUACAACACAGAAGCGGAGAUUGAUGAGGACGAGGACUGACGAAACGGUUGCUAGAAAUUCGUUUGAAUUGCAAGAGGCUCUAUGGUUGGAUACUACACCGACAACAUCCCAUCAAUUUUCCUCAUUACGAAUUUCUAUUAUUUUUUUUCGUCUCACUCCAUUCAUUUAUUGUACCUACUAUAAUUUUCAAUAUUUUCGAAUAUUGAAGUACAAUCAAGUAAGAGUAUUAUGACACAUCUUCUUCAUCCAUCGCGUACCUACAUCUCCGUCUAACCGAUCGAGCUCUCUGUGCUUCUCCUGAACUACCGAAUAAUCUCCCCUCAUAUUGACGUUUUGUCGGAAACUCUUCCCGGAAACUUAAAAACAAGGCAAAUUUUCGUUAAUUUGUAAGUGAUAGGUCGGUGAUGAUGUUUGGUUGCAGCUUGGGGUUCAAGUGGAAUGAGUCAAGUUACAUACCAGUGACCCAAACAUCUAGAGUUAAGAUUCGUUCUAGAUUUACUACACAAGCCAUAAUCAUUUGUAGCGCUUAUGUUCUCGUAAAUUCAUUUUCAUUCAUCUUUUUAACUAAGAUUGUUGGAAGAGUAGCAUUUGUAGAAGCAUCUAAAUAAAAUUGAAAAUAAAGCAU